AUGCAGUUCGAUUCUGGCUCUUCACGUGUUAUUCGACAUGGCAUCAGGAGCAAUAUAACACGAAUUAAGGUAUCGAACAAGACAUCGCCCUACUCUUGUAACUUGCAAAUGUACAACAUCCCACCAUCAGAAGAAAUCGGUAUCGAAGAGUUCGAUGAUAUCGCUAUUGAACGAGUAAAAGCGCUGAAGGUUGUAGAGGAUGUCAAGGAACGGUACACAUGGGGUUCCGACGAAUUCAAGUCGGCAAUGAUAAAAGGCCUUCAUAAACACAUGCCUAUUGCUGCAGGUACGGUGAAGAAUCCGAUUCUCAAAAUCUUUGAUACAAAUGUUUGUUUUUUAAGAACAUGUCUUCCCGCUGAUGUGGAACAGGCUCGUAGAAGAGAUGUGAUUGGUCAUUUUAUCCUUCGACUUGCCUUCUGCCGGUCACCGGAGUCUACCAAAUGGCUUGUCACUCAAGAAGUCGAUCUUUUCAGGUUUCGUUUCUCGAAUGAGACUAGAACGAAUAUACUCAGCUUCCUGAAAGAGAAUAAUGUUAAUCUGGAUGUGGUAGAUAAAACCGAACAACUGGAGCUAAUAGCUGAAUUAGCCGCUGGUUGUGGUAUAAGCAUCGAUCAAGCCACCAAGACAGACUUCUGGAAGGUAGAUUUUACUGCAGCGCUUGACCUUGUUCGCCGUCGGCGUGCUCUCGUUCGUCAUGGAUUUGCUUACAUUCAGUUCAACGACUUGGUGGUGAUCACCAGCGCAGCUCUUCGAGCGAAUAUGACGGCAGCCAUGGCGCGGGCGUUCAAGCAUUUGGCAAUUGUGGAAGAAGAAGGUCGACUCCUUCCGAGGCUAGCACGUUUGGCCAAUAACGCUUAUAGUGGAAAGCAGUAUGCAGGAAAGGAGAACGAUGGCAAGAUUACCCGACAAAUGAUUGAUCAGUUAUGUGUCCCUUCUUUCCCAUUAUGUAUGCGACAAUGUCACACCCGAUUACGUGCGGAUCAUCAUUUGAGACAUGGAGCAAGACGGCAGUAUGGCCUUUUCUUGAAAGGAAUCGGUUUGUCUUUGGAUGAAGCAUUGAUGUUUAUGCGCGAAGAAUUCACGAAAAAGAUUGAUUCCGACAAGUUCGAAAAGCAGUAUGCUUACAAUAUCCGCCAUAUGUAUGGAAAAGAAGGCCGACGAGUGGAAUAUCCGGCGUUUCCGUGCUCCACUAUUAUUUUAAGUAAUCCACCGGCUGCGGGCGAUUGCCAUGGCUGCCCCUUCAAACACUUGGACACUCAGUUGCUCGCUCAAAGGUUGGAGAAGGAUGGGUUGAACAGGGAACAAAUAAGUCAGAUAGUAAACUACACUAAAACGAAUGCUUUCGACAAAGCAUGCACUCGCCAUUUCGAGUAUUUGCAUAAAAUGGAAGAGGGCGCACUUGGUCAGCUAGUGACGCAUCCGAAUACUUACUUUGAGUGGUCACAAGAGGUGAGUUCAGAAGGUUACAACUCACUGUUGAUAAAGAGUUCUGCUUCGACUGGCGAAAUAUUUUAUCUGGGCUAA